AACAAACCAAAACCACCAGAGAAAACAAAAUCAGAGCAGAGAAAAAAUGUCAGGAAGAGGGAAAGGAGGAAAGGGUUUAGGAAAGGGAGGAGCAAAGAGACACAGGAAGGUGUUGAGAGAUAACAUUCAAGGUAUCACUAAGCCCGCUAUUCGUCGUCUUGCUAGAAGAGGUGGAGUUAAACGUAUCAGUGGUUUGAUUUAUGAAGAAACAAGAGGUGUUCUUAAGAUCUUCUUGGAGAAUGUCAUUCGUGAUGCUGUUACUUACACUGAACAUGCUAGAAGAAAAACUGUUACUGCUAUGGAUGUCGUUUAUGCUCUGAAACGUCAAGGAAGGACUCUUUAUGGAUUUGGGGGUUAGGGUUUGCUCAUUCUUAUUAUCGAUUUGGGAAAUUUGUGUAGAAAUUCAGUCUGGGUUUAGGUUUUCUGAGCUUAAAUUAUUAUGUUUGUUGUUUGGUAGGAUGCAAUCUAGAUCUGUAUGUUGUUGGAAAGUGAAUGGAAAUCUUACCUUCUUCAAAUUUGUGAUUGCUCUAAUUGAUCUCAGAUCUGUAAAAGAUGACUGACAGAUUUCUUUGA